UCCCCCAAAUGUCAGAACAGUACAGAUAUCCCCCAAAUGUCAGGACGGUACAGAUAUCCCCCAAAUGUCAGGACAGUACAGAUAUCCCCCAAAUGUCAGGACAGUACAGAUAUCCCCCAAAUGUCAGAACAGUACAGAUAUCCCCCCGAAUGUCAGGACAGUACAGAUAUCCCCCAAAUGUCAGGACAGUACAGAUAUCCCCCAAAUGUCAGAACAUGACCCCUUUUUGCAGAGUAGACAGUCCGACGUACUUCAUAAGAGGAAUGGCGAGUUUUUUUAAGUUGUAUUUUUUUUGUCAU